AUGCUGCGAUUUUGUCUGGAUUCUGAACGCUCUGCUUUGUUGCGGUUGAAGGAUAGCUUCAUUCUCAAUCAGUCAGCUUCUGAUGAUACUUUAGCUUAUCCGAAAGUUAGUUCUUGGAAACUUGAAGGACAGGUCGGUGGGGAUUGCUGCUCUUGGGAUGGAGUUGAGUGUGAUAAUAACACUGGCCACGUUAUUGGACUUGAUCUCAGCAGCAGUUUCCUUUAUGGCUCUAUCAACUCCAACAACAGCCUUUUCCAGCUCCAUCACCUUAGAAGGCUCAACCUUUCGGACAAUAACUUCAAUCGCUCUGAAAUCCCUUCUGCAAUUGGUAACCUUACAAGGCUAUCACGGUUGGACCUCUCCUGGUCUGGCUUUACAGGUCAAAUUCCAUAUGAAGUUCUACAGCUUUCAAACCUGGUGAUACUUGAUCUCUCUAGGAAUCCAUUAGAGCUCCGAAACCCAAGCUUGAAAAUUUUAUCCGAGAGGUUAGUGAACCUCAAGCAUCUUGAUCUUCACAAGGUAAAUGUAUCUUCGACAAUCCCUCAGAGUUUGGCAAAUUUAUCUGCUUUAACAUAUCUCUCUCUUGUGGCUUGUGAAUUGCAUGGUAAAUUUCCCACUUCCCUUGCCAACCUUACCCAGCUCACUUACCUCUCGCUAGCUGGAAAUGAAUUUAGCCCUGACACUUUGUCUUGGCUUGCUAAGCUAACCAAACUAACCGCAUUGAAUUUAGAUUCUACAAAUUCAUACGGUGACGUCCUAUAUUCUCUAAAAAACCUUACCAAGCUUACAUAUUUGGAUCUUUCCCUGAAUCAAUUUUUUGAACGAAUCCCAUCUUGGUUCGGUAAUCUUACUGGGCUGAUCAUUUUGGAUCUAGGCGGUAACAAGUUUUGGGGUUCGGUUCCACAAUCGAUCUUUACUCUGAAAAAUCUUGUAGAACUUGAUUUAUAUGGUAACCACCUCAGCGGCACAUACAAAUUAGAAACCUUUCUAAAUCUUAAAAAGCUGAAGGUGCUUCAACUGUCUAGUAAUCAUUUUUCAUUGCUCACCACUACUGUUUUUACCUUGUUAACACUGGCUUCUUGCAACUUAUCCAAGUUCCCAGAUUUUCUUCUGAGUCAAGACGAGGUGGAGCUUCUUGAUCUUCGAGAUAACAAAAUCCAUGGGUUUAUCCCCAAAUGGAUAUGGGGCUUAUCUGCUCAAACUCUUCAUGUUUUAGAUUUAAGUGAAAACUUUCUUAGAGGUUUCGACCAACCAAUUGUUGUCCCUCAAUGGAUCAAUCUGAGAUUGUUGGACCUUCGUUCUAACAUGCUACAAGGGCCACUACCAAUUCCACCCGCUUCCAUUUACCAAUAUUUUGUCUCAAACAACCUACUCAAGGGAGAAAUCUCAUCAGGGAUAUGCAGCCUGACUUCUAUAACUGUACUUGACCUAUCAAAUAACAGCUUCAGCGGCAUGCUUCCACCAUGUUUGGGCAACCUAAGCACAUCACUUUCAGUACUAAAGCUCCAAAACAAUAACUGUAGUGGCCCUAUUCCUCGAGCAUGUGAAAAAGGAAACACAUUGAGGAUGAUUGAUCUUAGUCAAAAUCAAUUGAAUGGACGUAUUCCGAGAUCACUGGUUAACUGCAACUUACUAGAGCUUCUUAAUUUGGGAAAUAAUCAAAUAGAGGACAUGUUUCCCUCUUGGUUAGGAAGGCUUCAAGAGUUGAAAAUUCUCAUCCUACGGCAUAAUGGAUUUCAUGGUGCAAUUGGAGAACCAAAAUCCAAUGAGUUUCCAAAGUUGCAAAUUCUUGAUCUUUCCUUCAAUAAGUUGACAGGUUGUUUACCAUCUCGUCACUUCCAAAUAUGGAAGGCCAUGAAAGUUGUUGAUCUUGGCAAGUUAAGGUACUUCGAGGUAGACGUUAGUUUUGGAGGAAGAGAAACAUAUUGGCCUAUUGACUUUUCCUACUCAAUGACAAUGACAAAGGCAGGCGUGGAAUUAAAAUAUGAGAAGAUUCAAGAUUUCUUGGUAGCCAUUGAUCUGUCAAGCAAUAAAUUUGAUGGCUGCAUUCCAAAAGACAUUCAAAUUCUACAAGCACUUCAAUUCCUCAACCUUUCCAACAAUUUUCUGUCAGGUCCAAUUCCACCAUCAUUGGGAAACCUCUCAAACCUCCAAACUUUGGAUCUUUCUCAGAACAAACUCUCCGGGAAGAUCCCUCAAGAGCUGGUGCAACUCACUUUCCUUGAAUUUUUCAAUGUUUCUCAUAAUCAGCUGAUCGGACCCAUACCGCAAGGCAAACAAUUUGGUACGUUCGGAAACAGCUCAUUUGAGGGCAACCUAGGAUUAUGUGGAAAUCCAUUGUCAAAGAAAUGCUAUCCCGAAGGGUUAUCACCACAACCGUCGUCAUUGUCAAAGAAAGAUGAUGGUGAAGAUUCAUGGCUUCAAUUUGGGUGGAAAGCAAUCAUGUUGGGAUAUGGAAGUGGGCUAGAACGGUCGUACGGAGGAGCGGGGAGAGGCGCGCGUGAAGGAGGCCAUGCGGGGAAACUGCUCGUGGGAGCACGACCUUCUAGAGCUGUUCUAGCAUAUUCCAGAAGCUUCUGGUGUUCUCGACUGCUAAGCUUCUCUUUGUCUCCUGUUGGGCCUCAGGGAAACAAGGCUGGUGACUUAAAUCUGCUUCAUUGCCGAUACAUGGAGAUAAAAUUUGUUGUCUUUGACGUGCUCCAUAGCUGCUUAAGGGAAAUAGGAUCCUCAAUCUUCAGUCUGCUUCCUUGCUACCUCAAGAAGAUAAUACCAAUAUCUUCAACCUACUCUCUUGCUACCUCAGAGAGAUAA